AGCGUGUCUGUGGAAAAGAAACAGGUAAAACCGAAGUCAACAGUGUCUGUAUUGUUGCUACGAGUUUGGUCGGCUUGUUUCCCUAUUCCGUUUGUGGAUUUAGGGGACUCAUUUUUGUUCAGACCCGAUUAGGAGGUCGUAUUGAGACCGCAUAGUCAAAUUGAACGCUGUAUUUCAGGCCUCUAACCGGGUUUCUGGUCAGUAUAUCAAGUCUUAUUUUUGUUUGUUAUUUGGGGCCUAGAGGCCUGAUGAGAUCCCCGGUGUCAAGUACAUCGGUGAUGCCGUGGUGGUGUUUCCAGGACGAACUGAACUGUGCAGCGAUGGUUAGUUAGUGAAAAUAUACACAAAGAGGGUGAAACAGUGUGGCGACGAAUGUCUACCCGUUUGUAAAUUUCUUUUGUAAGAUGUGUUUUGUCACGAACGUGUUAAUAGCUGCAAGGUGAUGUUUGUCACAGUUGGUGGCGCUCAUCGGGCUUGUUGCUGUAUCUGUACUAACAGAGAGGCACGAGAACAAGCUACAUAAAAUCUAAGAUCUGCAGCGUCGCCCGGCGAUUGUCGGAAUUCGCGGCAACUGUGUUUUUAUGACACUGGAUAUUAGGGUUUCAAAAUGUAAAUGAUCAAAUAAAGUUACGUUCAUUUGCCUGUUUUUUUUUUAUAUAACUGACUAAUGGGUCUAAUUUAUUUGAAUGCAUUUUUAAAGUUUAUUUUGAUUUAACUACAUUCCCCCCUUCUAUUGUUUGCCAGGUUCGUUAAGAGUAGAAAUUAGUAGCAAAUUUAUAACCUGUCUGACAACGUCUGCUACAGUUGUCUGACACAUUGUCAUAUUAUGGCUACAAUAACAUAAGUAAGGUUAGCCAAAGUCAUCUACCUGCAAGGUUUUGUACCAGUUUGGUGUCCAAGUUUUUACUGAGUGCAGGAGACCUCUUGGCAUAACCUGUAUAUUUCUUUUGACUGAUUUCUGGAUAUCCCUCAUUGGUUAUCUGCAGUAUUUUUAUUGCUUACUAUGUCAUAAUAAGCAUAGGGAGAUGUGUUUAAAACUAACCUCUUUCCUGUCCUACAGUUAAUAAUUGCGAUUUUAAUAAUUAAUACAGAAUGAAAAUUUGCUGAGUUUAAAUAGGCACAUGCUUGCAUACAUCAGCAAUUUGUGAUUCAUUUCAGCUGUGUUUAAAGAAUAUUAAUAAAAUUUUAAUGACCUGUUGAGCAUUUCUGUUGUUUUCAAGACUGCAUAACCCAGCGACAAUUGUGACCGGGUAAAAUUCAAGAUUUUACAUGUAAUGUUAAUGCUAUGUGAUUUAAAAGUAAAUUUGGUUAAAUGUCAAAACAUCUUUUGUUUCCCAUUUGCUGUGCAUGUUUCUUAAGCGUUUUGCUACUUCUGAGUAGUAUGGAGAUUGGUCCGUGUGUAAGUGUCCCAAAUUGUCCCUUGCAGGUGUUUUUUGUUUCUUUUGUAAAUAUUGUCAUUUGUAUAUACUGUAAAUGAUGACGUCGGUGGGACACAGCCAAGCUCGUACCAGCUUGGAGGCGACACAGAGCCAGGCACAGACCAAGCAGAGGCCUCAGGCCACAGCUGAGCAGAUCCGUCUGGCACAGAUGAUUUCUGACUGCAGUGACACAGACUUUGAGGAGAAGGUGAAGCAGUUGGUGGACAUCACAGGCAAGAACCAGGAUGAAUCCAUGAUUGCGCUGCAUGACUGCAAUGGUGAUGUGAACAGGGCCAUCAACGUGCUGUUGGAGGGCAACCUGGACACUGAUUCAUGGGAAAUGGUGGGCAAGAAGAAAAGUGUAUCCGGGCAGAAGGAGAUUGUGCAAGCCGAGGAAAAUGGGAAGGAUAACCGGAAUCAUGGAGGAGAGAAGGAAACGGCUCGCCGUCGGGGGGCGCCAUCCCGUCGUGGCCGGGGUACCAGUCGGGGGCGAGAAGGUCAUGCUCAGGAGAACGGGCUAGAUGGCAGCAAGGGCCCCGGGGUGGAGCACGGGCGCCGGGGGAAGUAUCGGGGCAGAGGGGGCCCUGGCAGGCGUGGGGGCAGGUUUUCAGCGCUGGCCAUGGGCCAGAGUGAUAAGGGGACAAGAUAUGAUUUGUCAGGAGACGAGAGCACGUUCAACCCAGCGGACUAUAGAGAGCCGACGGCGGCUGGCGAGGCCUCCGCUCAUGGCGGCGCCUGGGACCGCAGGAGCAGUGCCGAACCUGAAGCUGGCAACAGGCUGCUGUUCUCUGGCGUUGAAGCAGAAAGCUCUUCCAGGAGGUUCGACACGACCCCAGCUACCUGGAGGACAGCCACUGAAGACUGGGCCGAGGAUAUGGCAGAGACCAAGGUGUUUACUGCAGCGAGCGUAGCCUCUGUGCCACCAGCCCCACCAGCCUUCAGCAUCACGGCCGGACAGAGGAUUGACCUGGCAGUGCUGCUGGGCAAACCGACUCCAUCCUCAUCCACGCAUGCGGAGCCUGUGCCACGGGAUGCCUCUCGACCACCCGCGCCCUCCCAGCCCCUGGUUUUCAGCAGCUCCCAGCAGAGCACCCCGCUGGUGCAGACUGCCCCCAAUGCCCCCUGCGGGAACAGCAUGGCUGGGCUGCUCAGCAAGUCCUUUGGAGAGGUGGGGGAGCCCAAGACCACCUGUACAGGCAGCACUAGUGGCCCCCAGUUCCUGGAGCAGUACAAGAUGGCCCAGGCUCUGGUCCAGUUGGCAGCUCAGCACACCCAAAUAGGGUCCACCGGCCCAGCCAGCUCCUGGGAGACACGUUCAUCUCUGGAGCAGUACGACCGGAAGUCCAAGCUGGAUCCUUUGCUCCGUGACCCUUUCACCAAGCACCCAGCUUAUCAGUCCAGCAGCACCUCGGCCUCCUCCGUGGUGGAAGCUUUCCUUCAGGACAAACCUUCCGGCUCAGCUUCAUUGCCCCCCCAGACAAGUUCCGUGCUGGCUGCCCGUUCCUUGCCCCCUGUCUCCAGGGUGGUGCAGAGCCCUGGCCAACAAGUCUUCCAUGGCUCCUCUAGCCCCCAGCUUCAGCAGCACAGGCUCCGGCAGCAGAAGAAAAAGAGCUCUCUCAGCACAAAGAUUCCAUCACUAGCAGUGGAGAUGCCUGCUUCGGCUGACAUGUCUGGACUUAGCCUCCAGUUUGGAGCUUUGCAGUUUGGAUCAGAACCAGUCAUUGCCGAAUAUGACUCCACGCCGGCGAGGAGCUCUCCCUGCAGUCAGGUGCAGACCAGCCUGUACAGCAGUGCCAGCAGUGAAUCAGCACCCUCCCUCUCCAGUCAGGACCAGGGCUAUGAGGGUGGUGGUGCCCCAUUCCCCCCACAGGCGGCAGUGGCAGUAGGUGGGGCCGCUUUUGAUCAGAGAGCUACACAGAACCAAUGGUACCCCACCUCUGUCUCCUCAUCACCAAAGAAGGACAUACCGCCCAUGAAGCUCUCAUCUUCUGUCUUUUCCCAGAAUGGCUUCAACUCCAGGCAGACAGUGCAGGUCCUUGAAGCUGCGGCAGGCCCUGCAUUGUCUGGGAGGGCCGUCUCAGACUCUGUCAGCCCGCCCCCUGUGUCCAGCACGGCCCCCUUGAUGGACGGUGCAGUGGAGCCUCACGGCACCCCUAUGGCACAGCUGCAGCACAGCACCACCGUCCCCACACAGCAAAGCGGUGUGCCUUCCUCCUCCUCCUCCUCCUCCUCAGCGCACAACUCUGCUUCCAUACUUCUGAACCCCAGUGUGGACAGUGAGUCUGGCCUCCACUCCUCUUUCCCCUCCUCAGUGUCCAUGAGCUCAGCGAAUCCCCCGCUCAGUACCACGUCCGCUGUCAGCGGCCUGCCCAUGACUCUCGGCGUCCCGCUGGCUUCUUCCUCCUCCGCAUCCUCAGUGGUGCAUAUCACCUCCACCACCUCAUCCUCCCGCAGCUUAGUGGCAUCUUCAGGCAAGGUGCCCGCAAACCUCCCCCCAGGGGUGCCUCCACUGCUUCCCAACCCUUACAUGGUGAACCCCGGGCUGCUUCACCCCUACCCUCCUCAGGUCUACGGUUAUGACGAUCUUCAGAUGCUUCAGACCAGAUUCCCCCUGGAUUAUUACAGCAUUCCAGUCGCCUCUCCCACUGCAGCCUUGGCAGGCAGAGAAGGCAGCUUAGCCAGCAGCCCUUACUCUGCGGGGGAGCUGUCCAAGUUCGGCCGCGGGGACACUUCAUCCCCGGCACCAGCCAACCCCCUCCCACAGACGCAGCAGGCGCAGGCGCAGCAUGGCACGCAGCAGCCCUUCCUGAGCCCUGCGCUGCCGCCUGGAUACAGCUACACUAGUCUGCCGUAUUAUACCGGACUGCCGAGCCUGGCCAGCCCUUUCCAGUACAGCCCAGCCGUUUUCCCGGUGACCCCUGCCUCCUCCAAGCAGCACAGUGUGAACGUUGGAGUCGGUGCCUCAGCCAGGCCCUUCCAGCAGCCUAGCGGCUACAGUUCCCACGGAUACGGCCCAGGCUAUGAGGAACUGGGACAGACUUCGGGGAGUGGGGAAUUCUGUAAGGGUGGAUAUGGCUCUGUUGUUGCUGCAGCUGCUGCUUCUGCACAGGGCAAGCCAGCCAGUACCGUAUCUGGGCCUGGAGUUGGAGUUUCUAUCGCAUCCAGCAACACUGGGGUUCCUGAUAUUUCGGGCUCUGUUUACACAAAGACUCAGUCUUUAGAAAAGCCGGCUUUCCAUGCAGCUGCUGCCGCUCCCUUCGGCCUGCCCUCCGCCUUGGGCAGCGGUGGUCCCAUCAGCCCUGCCUCAGCAGCUGCCUACCCCGCUGCCCCCUUCAUGCAUGUCCUGACCCCACAUCAGCAGCCAUACUCACAGAUACUGCACCACCAUCUGCAGCAGGAUGCACAGGGAGCCACUGCACAGCGAACCCAGGGCUCUUCCAUCCAACAGAAGUCCCAGGGCAGCAAGUCGGCAUACAGCAGCUACAGCUGGGGUACAAACUAAUACUAAGUGUGUCCCCACAAAGCCCCCACUGACUGCCCAUCUCCAGCCAACAGCAGGCCCCGGGUGUCACUGACGGGGAGGCCAGCACUUAAGAGUGGGGCAUUCUGGGAUGGAUGUCGUCAUGGGGACCGCAGCUGAGCAGAGGGAGAACAGACCAGUUUAAACCAGAGGAACAACAAGUGCUCCCAGCUUGUAUUGUUUUUAAUCCCCUUUUCUCAUAACAGUGCAAGCAGUUUUUCUAAAAACAAAAAAUAACAACAAUGAAGUCUUUUUAUUUUUCUAAUCUGCUGGGAGAGAAAUUUGAGGAGAAGAGUUCCCCAUUUGUCACAUUUUGAGUCUUCGGGCUUUAUUUCCCUUUGUAUCAGUUUUUAAAGAUUAAAUCCAUAAUUCUUAAGAGUGCAUGUGGGACCAUGGUGCCAUUGGUGUGUGUGUGGGACCCAGCUGACUGAUGUGGGGUGUCCUCCACACUUACAUUUUUUUUUUUUUUUAACCCAACAACCUCCCAUCUCUGUUAAUACUAGAUACCUUAAAUUUGUUAUUGAUGAUGGACUUUAUUUUUUUUUGUCAGUGACAUUCCUUUUGUACUGUUUCAUAAUGAAUAAGUCUGUUUUGUGUCUGUGCACACAUUAUUGAACCUGAAUUGAGUACUGUAACCUGUUCCUCAUUCUCACACAUCAAUGUCCAUUUGUUUCCUUUUUUAUUCUGUAAACUAUAUAUAAUUAUAUAAAUAACAAUGAAAUAAACAGGAAAUGGACAUUUUCAUCA